AUGGCCCAAUGCGAGUUGAAACCCAGGACACGCGGCCGAGUCCAGGGUCAAGAAGAGGCAAUUAAGCAAACCAAAACGACAUCAUAUGUUAAAGAAGAAAGGCUCCUGCGGCCGCACAAUGUCAUUGGCUCUGUAAUCAGAGCCUUCGUUGGAGAUCAGAGACAUGAGCGUGAAGAAAGAGAGAGACGAGGAGACGUGCGGAUUUCAAUCAAGCAAAACAAGCGAAGCUCCACCAAUGCGAUUCUUGUUUUGCGAGUUUUAACGCCUCGAUGGCCGCCAUGGAUCCACGAUCGGAUCCGUACUCCAUGGCAGCUUGCUCAAGGUGCGAUGUCGAUUGAUAGAGGCACUGACAGCGGGCAAUAUCAGUCUCAACUUUUCAAGUUAGGAUGA